AUAUAUAUAUAUAUAUAUAUAUAUAAUAGUCUUGUUGAGAUAAUCUUGUUUAUUAUUUCUCCUUCAGUGCAAAUAUUAAUGUUGUCUUCUCCCAAGAUUACCCAAAACAGUAGUAGUACUUCCCCAAAUUUUAAAGUAAAGAAAGAAAAAAAAAUUAUUUGGAGUGCGCGCUGUGUAUCAAAUUUUGAGUCAACAACAUUACUUUAUUAAUAAUCAGUCCACCACUUCAGCUCUAGCCUCUAGGAGCAGUCAAAGUCCGGCAUUAAAAAUGAAAAAGAGAACCUUACCAUCAAGCCAAAAUAAUGAAUAUUUCUCGACAAAUUCACAGGAUUCAGGACAGGACAGGAUUCAGAAUACGGUAUACUACCUAGUGCAAAAAUUUGGGUUUUGAAAGGUGAGUUUUAUUCUGUAUGCUAUCUUCUUAAUAAAAAAUGCAGCUCCUUUGUGUUGGUUGCUUCAUUGUUUCUUUCGCUGUUAAUUGUCUUUGGAGGUAAGCAAGCAAUUGAAUUCUCUCUGUUCUUACACUCCUUUCUGGUAAAAGAAAGAAAAGAAGAGGAAUCCUUUCUAGUUUCCUCUUUUCUUGCUCUUGUGAUCUUCAAGUGAAUGGAUGGAUUUAAUAUCAGUUUUUUUUUUACAGUCUUAUACUUCUUGAGGCUCUGGUAGAAAUACAAAAUUAGGUUACUUUUGCGGACGGCUUGACCUUGUGGUUCUGAAUGAUAUAAAUCCUCUCCCAGGUUAAAUGCAUUUCUUUAGAAUGAAAAUCUCAAAAAACACGAACUUCCAAUUUGUAUCCAUAGAAGGCUUUUGCUUUUCUCACUGCUUUGAUGUGAUUUCCCCAGAUUACUAACACUCAUAUGUAUCUAAUGCAUCUCUUCUAGCGGGAUUUUAUUAUUUUGUCUUGUGUGUGCUUAUCAUCAAAUUCAGCUCUGUUUUGUAGGUGUGGAUGAUCAAUUGAUCAUGGGGGAAGCAGUGGGGCAGAUAAAAGUGGUGGUUGUACGUGGCAAAAAAUUGGUGAUCAGAGACCUCAAGAGCAGUGAUCCUUAUGUCAUCCUCAAGCUCGGGAACCAGGAAGUGUUUGAUAAAGACCGGUUCAAGGCUGACGACAAGAUGGGACAUGCUCGGAUAAGCCUUCAACCUUUGAUUGCUGCAGCAAGGCUAAAGCAGAUUCUUCAGGUUUCUGGCAGUGAAAAAGGCAUGACUUUGAGGAAGGUCAUCCCCGAAAGUGACAACUGUCUAGCUGGGGAGAGUACCAUUAUCUCGGGGAACAACAACGAGGUCAUCCAAGAUGUUUGGCUGAGGCUUUGCGAAGUUGAGUCAGGCGAAAUAGAGAUCAAGAUCAAGGUAGUGAAGCUUCCCUCAUCUCCAGUAGCUUCAACAACAGCAAAGAUGUCCUAAAAGGAUCCAGAUUUGCCCACAAUGCGGUUAAGAUAAUCUUAAUGAAGGUGUUGGAGCCGUUGCAGAAGAAAUGAAGGUCUGAAACCCUCUGCAGUUUUAAAUGUGUUAAGGAUUUUAUGUGAUGUAUUUCUGCGUGAUGAAAUUUUGUUUUAGCUGUAUAUGUAUGUGUACUUGGGUGCAUGGGUGGACUGUGUCAUUUUUUAGUCUAUUAACUCAAAAGAGUAUGAUCUCUGCACGUAAACACAACACAACAGAUUGAUUCAAAAGUCUCAGCUAGCUACUGUUCUCUUUAGACUCCAUCCAUUUGUCAGUGUGAAUUUUUAUUUUGAAACUAAAUAAUGUAAUAAUAACAAUAAUUUAAAGUAUAUAAAUUAUUCUUAUUGUGGAAACA